AUAUUUAUUCAUUUAUUUUUAUUUGGCUUAACGUCGUUACAGCAUGACCUGGUUCACCAAUUAACUCUAUUCGUGUCUAUCUCUCUACAAUCUGUGGGUAUCCCGUGCUCACCAUGUCCAUGUUCCACUUGAUCUAACCAGUCGUCUGACAUUCUUGCAACAUGUUCAGCCCAGCAUAUCAUUCCACCUUUGGUCACUUUCAGGAUAUUGGUAAGUUGCGUGAGCUCGUGGUUCAUGCUUCGCUACCGGUGACCGGAAUAAAUCGCCACAGUAAACAACUGCAACAGAAACAACCGCUUAGAAAAAGUGUAGUAGGCUAGAAAUAUUUGGCGCGGGAAAAACAUCAUGUGCCUCACAUUUCUAUUAUAAAUUUAUUCUCUUGUUCUCGUUUUUCGAAAUUUAUUCUGAGGACAAUGUAAUGGGGACGAAGUCCCCAUUUGGCGAGGAUAAGGAAUCGAGGCGGCCCAUGCCGCCAAGAUGACGCAAUCCGAGUCCACCGCCGACCCGCCGUCGGAAGCGGCGGUGUCUCGCACGCAAACCUGGGAUCCACUGAUUGCCCGGUUAGUUUGAAACAUAGGAUACGAUCCUUUAGCAAUGUCCGACCGAGCUCUAGCGAGCGUCGGACGGUAUACGUCUGCCCGGGGCGUUACGUUUGCCUGGGGCGAUACGUUUGCCCGGUUAAUUCUUGUUUUGAAAUACAAUACCGCGCCACAAUAUUUAUAGCCUACUACACAUUUUAUAAGCGGUGGUUUCUGUUGCAGUCGUUUUCUGUGGCGAUUUAUUCCGGGAACCUUCGCUACCAUACGCCGUCCUCCAGCGCACCGCCUAAGAUUGUUCUUAACACACUUGUCCACUUUCGUGCUCGUAGAGGAUAACUGGUCUUAUGAGCGUUUUGUACAGGGAAUAUUUCGCACGGUUGCUAAGUCUGUUUGACGUCAAGAGUUUGUGGAGACCAUAGUAGGUACGACUUCCAUUGAUAAUGCUUCUCCGGAUUUCGUGACUGGUAUCAUUGUUAGACGUUACCAUUGAGCCAAGGUAGACAAAUUGGUCCAUUACCUCGAACUCAUCGACUUCGAUCACUACACUCGUGCUUGGAUCCAGAAACCAGCAUGUAUUUGGUUUUAGAUGUAUUGGUUUUCAGCUCAACUCUCUCUGCUGCGUGCUUGAGUUUGGUGUAAUGUUCUGCUAUCGUACAACGCAAGUUAAACGCCGUUCGUCUCACAACACCCUCUAGCAUAAUGUUGAACAGCAAGCAAGAUAGACCCUAAUCAGUCUUGUCAGCUUUCAGUGCUCCCGUGGCCGAGUGGUUAGCGUCAUAACUAACAUGCCGGGUGUUCGGGUUCGAUUCCCGUUCUGGUUGGGGGAAUUUUUCGUCAAAAGAAAUUUCCUCCGACUUGCACUGUGAUCACGAGUAUUCUAGAGCUUGCCACUCAGAAUGCAUUGCAAGGCGUGUCAUUUGGCAUAGAAAUCUCAACUAAGUACUAAUAAAAAUGACGCAAGUAAUACUACGUUGAGACGGCGAAGUUCCUCUAGGAACGUUAGUGCCAUUAAAGAAGAAGAAGAAGCUUUCCGGGGACUACGUUUUCGUCCAUGAUUAUCCAUAAGCUCUAUUCGUGUUAUUCAAUCAUAUACGACUUUAAAAUCGAUGAACAGAUGAUGCACUGAGACUCUGUACUCACGGCAUUUCUGAAUGAUCUGCUUCAAGGCGAAUAUUUGGCCAAUAGUAGAUCGACCUUCGAUGAAUCCGGCCUGAAAAACUCCCACGAAUCUGUUUGUAAGACGCGAUAGACGACGGCAGAUGAUUUGAGAAAGCACUUUGUAGACGACAUUCAGGACGGUAAUUGCACGAAAGUUUCCACAGUCUAAUUUGUCGCCUUUCUUGAAGAUAGGACAAGUAAUUCCGUCUUUCCACUACAGGUACCGGUGUUCUGUUGAGCUUGAGCUCGGGUAGAUUGCGCACUUCGUAGGUGCUCUCCGGGAUUGACCCGAACCAGCAAAAUUGCACAAAGAAUACACUGAAUAGCGCUUGGGAGUAGCAAUCCAUUUUCAUUGUACAAGUUUCGGUGAUUCGAGCUUUAAAUAGUCAACAAUGUGGCCGGCCAUGUCCUUACAGUCACCAGGGGAAGGGAAGGAAUAUUAGUAUGAUAUGCGUCUCCAGAAGGGUCGCCUCUGUAGCGUCUUGCGAUUAUCAUGGAAGGAAUAGUUGUUAGGGAGGAGAGGUAAUAAUCAGGAUUCACUAAGGUAAGUGAUGUGAUUAUGUAAACGCGACCCAUCGACACAACACGCGGCUGAGAUUAUUUCUAGGUUACCUAAGGGAAAUCUAUUAAAAUAAUUGUGGGAAACCUGAGAAGAUCACCAAAACCUCCUCUGAAACCAAUUGACCCGGCGUAACAUUCCAUUCUUCAUCGCGCCUACUGUUUAUCGUACUCUAAUUGUGAUUGUGGAAUAUUUUUUUAUUCCAUUUGUUUAUUUAUUUAUGAUCAUUAGCCUUGUAGCUGUAACAGAGUCGGAUUUUUAUCGUCUAGUACAUGACAUGUUUUAUCGUAUCUAUAAAUUGUACAUUACACAGUAACCAUUUAGGCUGUUCUUCCACUGUUCAGUUAGACCACCGGACAGCGGAGACAGUUGAUAUGAUCAUUGUUGUGUUAUUUAUAGCACAACAGACCGUACCGUGGAUCGAUCUCCAUCGCUGAUGAUUUUUGCAUGGAUGUAGUUAUUCUAUAGCAACACAAAAAUUGUCAAUUGAGGGCCCUGAGUUUUGAACUCAUGAUCGAUCGCUUAGUAAGCAAACACGCAAUCAAUGUGGCUACGAAGACAUUGUUUGUUUACUAAAAAAAAUACAUUUUUGUUGUGGUUUUGUCUGUAUGCCAAUGGUAUGAAAACUUUCCAUGAUUUUUCCUCUGCACAAAUGUAGAAUCAUUAAAUGAGAACCGGACCUGAAACAAAAUGCAGGGUAUUACAAAAAUAAAAUGCAAAAUAGUAAAAAAAAAUUAUAGGAGGUUGUGUCCAAGACACGACCGCAUUGUUGACGUAGAACUACGCUGUAGUUUAAUUCGAGUCGCUUGUUUAUAACUGCGAGUAUCAUUCUAUUAUGCUACGAAAUUUUAGAAAUAACCAUUCUACCAGUGGUCGCCCUGAAAUAUUUUUUUUCUUGUAGAAUCAUUUGACGAUUAUUGUUUGAUGAUUCAUUCUUGUCCUCGCAGAACAAUACAUGCUCGAGAUAAGCGCAGUUAUCAUCCUUAGUGGAGAAAGUUUUGCUACUGGAAAGCGAAACCAAAUCACAUACAGAAUUCCAGAACGACAUUUACCUUCCUGUUAAUCUCAGCAACUUCGAAAAGAGUAGUACUGCUUCAUCAUGAUCAAGAUUAGCGCAAAUGCAAUCCUAGUUGAAGGGAGCUUUGCAACUGGCACGUGAACCCAAAUAAAUUUAUAACUUAUUAUAACUUAUUGAAUAACUUGGUAUUCAAUAUUUAAAUAAUAUAAAUAAUAAUAUAAAUAAUAAAAUAAUAAUAAUUUUUUGGUGCACAACCUUAACACCUGCUUUAGCAUAGCGUCAGUUUAAUGCAUUGAUACAAUGUCAAAUGCAUCAACGAAGCUUUUAUGAUGACGGAAAACAAACAAUGUCAACUGCUUGGAAAAAGGCUGAAUAUUUGCCACAGCAGAUAUUCAUUACUAAUACCCUAGCACCAAUAUAUCCCUCCCGCUAUCUCCCCUCCUUGUCGACACGUUUGGAUCGACAUGUUCACCCGCAACAGCGCAAUAUGUCAAAACGCACGCACGUACACACACAAAAAUAUCCAUAUAUUGAUGGUUUGAAGCAAUUAAAUAUGCACACACUUAUCUCCGUUUUACGCUCUUCUCAACAGAAGCCCUUUUGUUAAUAUUGCCGGUCUAGCUCAGCUUAGCUGACAUUCUUUGUGGAGAGAGUAUUGCUACCGUCAUGCGAAACCAAAUCACAGACAAAAUUCCAGAACAUUUAUUUUCUUGGUGAGCUGACGAUAGCCUAGCUUGAUGAUUCCCCACACAAUUGUGUAGCUCAGAACCUUAAUGCAACGGCGUCAGUUUGAUGCAAUUAUUGCAGUGCUAGUGACAUCGGCGAGUCAGUAAUUUGUUUGCGUCCACAGCUCAAUCCGAAACUACGACACGUGAGACUUUAAACUUCUUUAGUUCAUUCGUCUCUAACCUACAAAAAGGACCUUGGAAAACUUUACUUUUCCCUCGUACUACUACUCCACUCCUCACCGUCCAGCUCGCCCAGCAUCGAUGUUGUUCAGUCGGUGUCCUCACGAAGAAUGAAAGUUUGCCUUUUUUUUUUGCAUUAAAAUUUGUUUUAUUCAUAAAUCUUAGAGCUAAGCUAUAAUUUACAGUAGAAGUGAUACAGAAAAAACAUUCUUUUCAGCUUCGUUUCAAAAUUAAGAUUUUCGUUUUGGUUGAUUUUUGUUUUUCUGUUAUGGAUAACUAUUCUACAUUAACCGCAGUCGCAGUUAUUUUUUUUUUUUUUUUUUUUUGAGAAGAAAAGAAAUAAUAAAAUUUGUUACCCUAACUAUUUACAUAAAUGAGAAACCCUACCUAAACUAAUCACCUAUACAGGUUGUUUAUAAUGGUUUGUUCCGAGUGUAAGCAGUCCUCUCGAAAUUUAUUUGAUUUGGUGGCGAAUCUGGUUUCCAGUGUUUCAAUCUCAGCCAGAUCAUGGACCUCUGUUAUUCUUGUCCAGCGGGGAAGAUUGAGGAUCAUUCUGAGGAUUUUAUUUUGUAUUCGCUGGAGUUUGAGCCGAUGCGUCUGGGCACAGUUACUCCAAAUAGGCAAGCCAUACUCAAUCACCGGAAAGAUGAUUUGUUUGUAGACAGCAAGUUUGUUACUCAGACACAGAGAAGACUUUCUAUUUAUGAGUGGGUACAAUGAUCUGAUCAUUAUACCACACUUAGUCACUAUUUUAUCAAUGUGUUGUCUAAAUAACAGCUUGCUGUCUAAGGUGAGCCCAAGGUAUGUUACCUCAUUGGACCAGUUUAAGGUAUUAUUUCCCAAGCUGAUCCUGAGGUUUUCAGGCGGAACAAGUCGCGGGGAUUUCGAAUAUGGAAAAAGGAUGGUCUGGGUUUUCGUCGCAUUCACGCGAAUCUUCCAGUUGUUAUAAUAUUCAGACAGGACAUCAAGACCCCGCUGAAGCUUCUCCGUCAGAGCACGUGUUAUUCGUCCCUUAUAGAUAAUGGCCGUAUCAUCUGCGAACAGAGAUAACUUACCAUCAUCUGGUAAGGGAGGAAUAUCCGACGUGUAUAUAUUGAAUAACAAGGGUCCCAGGAUGCUGCCUUGGGGCACCCCUGCAAUGAUGUUCAGUUCCUCUGAGCAGAUAUUAUUCAGUGAGACCCUGAAUGUUCUGUCUGAAAGAUAAUUUCUGAUUAUUUUAAUCAGAAACACCGGAAAAUGACGCUGAUGCAACUUAUACACCAGACCAUCAUGCCAGACAUUAUCGAAUGCCUUUUCGACAUCCAAUAAUGCCAUUGCAGUUGAUUUGGCGACAGUUUUAUUCCGCCUGAUGGUGUUCGUUACCCUGACGAGCUGAUGGAUUGUUGAUCGACCUCUCCUGAAUCCAAACUGCUCGUCAGGGAGAACAUUAUUAUCUAUGGCGAAAACUGUGAGCCUGGAGCUGAAAAGUUUCUCAAAAACCUUGGAGAGAGCAGACAAUAAGCUGAUUGGGCGAUAGUUUCCGGCUAAAGAUGCUUCUUUCCCCGGCUUUAGGACGGGUACAACUUUAGCUAACUUCCACCUCGAGGGGAAGUAACCAAGUUGUAAGCAUCGAUUGAAGAUCGAUGCUAAAUGUCCGUAUAACUUGGAGCUUAGGUGUUUCAGCUCCAGGUUGAAGAUAUUAUCAAAGCCGGGGGCCUUCAUAUUUUUCGAGGAUGGGAGCUGGUUCAAUUUUUGAGAAAAAAAUGUGUUUUUGAGAUCCAAGAUUCUGGCUUGGACCACUCUGGAAAGCUGAUUCGCCGUCAACUUCUUUUCUAGAAGGCGAGUUCGCUGAAACUGCCUUCGAUAGAUGUUGCGCAAUCUGAUAAGUUGUUUGGUUAGAUCAUCAAUUUCGAGAAAGCUACUCAAGUCAAGAGUUGAUGGAACCCCAGCCGGAAAAAAGUAUGUUGCCUCCUCGGAGCACAGGAUGUUGUAGUGCCCGCAAGGAAGAUCACUAAAGAGAACUCUGCCAUUCAUGUUUCGUCGAAGAUUCCCCCAGGCUUCAUGUUUGGCAUUCAAAUCUCCAGCUAUGAUAAAUUUGCCACGAUUCCGGGUAAGUGCGAAGACGUCUCUGCGUAGCAGUAGACUGGAGCCGUCUCCUUCCUUCACUUGGUAGGGGCAGUACGCUGCAAUGAUGUUGAUUGACCCUGUUGUUGUUAUAAGUUCGAUGCCGAUAGCCUCAAUAAUUUUGAGGUUGAAGCUUCUUAAUGAAAGGAACUUCAGACCUCGCCUUACUGCUACAGCGACACCACCCCCUCGUGUUGUGGAGCGAUCCAGUCGAACAAUAGUAUGGUCAGGCAGGUGGAAGUUGAUGUUGGGUUUAAGGUGAGAUUCGGUGAUAGUUGCGAUGUCGAUCUUAUAGUUUCUAAGGAACUCUGCGAGCUCCAUCUGUUUUGCUGCAAGCGAGCAGGCAUUCCACGUGAUGAUUUUAAGAUUGGUUGGAUGGUUGGCCAUACUGGUACAGGAAAUUCAUCAUCGUGGUGAUUUGGUCCUGUUUGGUUUUACAGGCACGAAACUGACGCGAAAAUUCGAGAAAAAGGGCGCUCAUUUGCUCGCCGGUAUACAGAUCCUCUGAAUCUGCUGCUGUUGAUUGAGUAGCGCCAGCUACUACCUGAGCAAAGCUCAUUAUUCCAGGAGGAGGGGCGCGCGAUGUCGACAGAUCCGGCGUAUUUGGAAUUCGAUUUGAUAGAGUGACCUUUUUGUUUUUCUCCGCGGCGGAGAGCAGAAGAGGCUCAAGAACAGGAAUGGGUCUCCGUGUAUUAGUUUGCUGUGGAACCGUAUGGUGGAUGUGUGAACUUCUCCGAAUAGAGUUAUUAUUCAUCGAUAUAUUUUUCCGUUUCUCUAUGAACUCUGCCCGCUUAGGGCAAACACGGCUAGUAGAUGAGUGUUCUUCGCCACAGUGUAUGCAUUUCGUGGUUGCAUCCUCCUUCAUACAUGCACUCGUGUGAUGAUUACCGCUGCAUAAGUUGCAUCUACUUUCAAUGAAGCAGUUCUUGGCACCAUGCCCGAAGUUCAGACAGUUCGUACACUGAGUAACAUCGCGAUGAACGGGAUUGUAUCGAUCCCAUUUAAUGGUCAUAUGUUCUACGUAUUUGAUUUCUUUCAACCCAGCCAUGUUGAUGGAUCCUCGUUCGAGAUGGAUAAGAUACAGCUGAUCGCGAUAUGUGAUGUUUUUAUUCCGUCUAUUUAUUUUAUGUACUGCAAUCACUUUCAGGUUAUGUUCGGUCAAACCAUCUUGCACUUCUUUGGUUUCCCAAUCCGGCAGUCCACGAAGAACAACCUUGAAUGGUUUGUUUGCCACUAUAUCAUGAGUGAAAUAUUCCACCCCUUUUCUUUUCAGAUAUUCCUGAACUGCCCUGUAAUGGUUCAAUCCCGGAACCAUUAUUUUAUAACCAGCAGUACACAGGCUAUAUUUAAGUUGAAGGCCCUUAGAGAUGAGCAAUUUAAUUUCCUCGCGGAAUUUGUCCGGAAAACCUUUUGUAUAAAACGGUGGCAUCUUUUCUUUUUUGGUUAUAAUUCCACCAUCUUCCACUGGAAGCGCCGCAAAUUUAUUAUUUGCAAGCAGCUGUUGUGCUUCUUCAGACUGUUCAUCACUUAGUUCUGCCUGAGAGCGAGUCCUCUUCGCAGUGUUUGGUUGCUCUUUAUUAGAGCGUUGUUUUCCCAUAUCGAGGGUAAAUGCACUUGCCGAAUGCAACGCGCCACGCACACAACAACAAAACUAACUGUAUUAAAAAUCACGAGCUCACUAGAAAAGCGACCGAUUAACACGGGAGCGGAGCAACGAAUGAAAGUUUGCCUCAGCGAGAUCCACUGUUUAUACUCUAGGCAAACAUUCCCCUUCGUUCUUUUUCUUUUCCUUUGUUCACAGAGACUUUAAGUCUUACGAUUUCCCCUUCGUUGCUCAUCCAUAAGUUGCUCGUUAUUGACAGCUCUGUUCGGGAAAGCACACAAAUGGACAGAACAAAUGUAAGGGGAAAUGGAAACGCUUAUAGUUUUCACGAAUUUUAACCAUUUAUACACCAUGGGAUUGUAAUGUAUAGCAUAUCGAACAAAUCUUAGGGGAUUUCCGAUUCAUUUGGUAUGUAAAUCGCCAAAAUCCGUUUGCGGCAAAAAUAGUUAUUAACGUUAACUUUAUUUCAUAAAAACGUGACCUGUUUUCUGAUUUGGCACCCUUAAUGAAAGACGUAGUUCUACGUCAAAAAAUUUAAAUGAACUGCGAUAUAUAAAACUUUACCUUAUUAACUUAUCCUGCCAAAUCUUUAAUCUGUUCGUCAAUAAUCGCUGCCUCCUUUUCAGUAUCGGCCAACAACCUUGCUUUUUUCGCAGUAAGCUCUUUAACUCGGUCCUCCAUUUCUCGCUUUUUUGCCUUUUUCGUGUCUUCUUCUGCUCCUUCCCGACGCUUCGCUUCCAACGCGUCUUUGUAUCGUGCAUAGGCGUUACGGGCACUCAAAAUAAGGCUUUUGUCGAUGCAUACUUUGGUUACACCGCCAGCCACGCUGGCUGCAUCAUACACGGUCCUCUGUGCUACUAAGCUUUCAUCUAAUAAGUUCUCCACUAGGCAUUCUUUAUUAAUAGAGAAGCCUCUUUCGAGUGCCGCAUUCCCAUGUGACAAAAUUAAAACUUUUGACGUGGGACUACGUCUAACCGGAAUAUAUGGAGGGUAAAAUGAAAACCUAAACACAGAACAUGCAGGAAAAAAUGAAAGAUUUCGAAUGCUUAUAGCUCGAACAUUUCGUACUGGAUAGGAGAGAUGUUUGCAUCACUUGAUAGGGAAUAUUUCUACGCAUCUAUCGCAACUAACAAAAUGUUGUUUUUCAUUAGAUAAACAAUUGAAUAACUGUAAAAUAUUAGGCGUUAUCUAAACGCCCUAACUGCAUCGUUUUGAUUGGCCCGAUUUACGGUUUCCCUAACACAGCCAUCAAAACCAAGCAGCCUAGGGGAAAUCGGCAUUGCAAAUUCAUACAAAUCGGGGGUAUUUUUGUUCCGAUUGAAAUGUUUUUCCCAGCACAGACUUCAAAACCGAGGUUUCUGGGGAAAUCGGCUCUGCAAAUAAAUGCAAACUGCGAGUACUUUUGUCCUCGCUUGCCUUUGUGCAGAGUGGAAUAUGUCUGUCCUAACAUGAUCUUCUAAACUUAGGAACCUGGGAAAAUCGUGCAGACACUAGAAGCGAAUGAACUUCCCAGUUUCAAGCAAAUUCGAGAUUCGAUAAGUAUGUACACUUUUGGGAUGUAAACUUCAGAGGGAAAUGUAAAAUAAAAUAAUCGUUUGAUAAUUUUUUUUUGUCUUUAUUGGAAAGAUUUUCAGCCUUAGGCUGGUUCAUCAAACGUUUGAUAAUUCUUCCGUACAUAUAUUUUGUUCUAGUCAUCAUACCAAACGUAAAAGGUCCGUCAUUAAAUUUACUUGUAACGAAGAACAAUCAAUCACAAUAAAUGAAUUGACUUUACACGGCAUUUGUUCAUUUUUUUCACUCACAGAGCAAAUAUAUUGAACUCAAUUGAAUUUGGAAACUGUUUCAUUCAAUCAAGAAUUUAAUCAAUACAAACGAAUGAUUGCUAAGCUAAGGUAGUUCCACGUGAACCUUGCGGUUAUAUCAUAGAUAUAACCCACUAUUUUUUUUUUUUGAUGAAAGUUUCCAGAUUUGGUAAAUCUUUGCCGCAGCUUGAAAUCACAUGCCACCAAAAGUUAUCUAGUCGGUCAUCUACCCGCCAUGCAGAUAGCAACGGCUUAAAAGAUUUUGUUUCGAAGAGGACAUCAAACUCAUUUUUUAUCUUCUCAGCAGUAAAUCCAGUCAAAUGGCUUUUCUGGACGAAGGCAUCAAGGCAAUAUUCUAGUCGCUUUUUGGAAACAUCCAUUGAACUCAAUACAACACUGGGACUGAGGCACGAAACAUAUCUGGUCAGUGGGUACGAUAAUGGUGAACGAUUGAACAUCUUCUUGAGAAAUCCAACGUAGUAAGAACGACAUUCCAUGCGCAAAAACAGAAGAUCCUUGUCAGGAAUUUUUCCUUUCGCAAACUCGUUCUUAAUAGCAGCCUUGGCAAAAAUCCUAGAUCCAUUUUUGCCGCCGGUAACAAGUUGUCUUCAGUCAGUGGAACUUCAAUCAGCGACUUAGUUUUUACGUUGAGGCAUUCGGCUUUUAGACAUUUUUGCAUGUCAGGUUUAAUCAAACUAAUGAGUUCUUCGAACAAAAGCGGUGCCAUUGGUUUGUCCGAUUGGAAAGCGGUUAAGAAGGGUUCAAUAGCUGAUGCUGCUUGAAUGAAAAAGCUCAGCUUAGUUUCAAACAAACGAUCGUUUAAUGCAUUUGUCAAUACAGAAAAAUGCUUAGAUUCGUAAACAGCUGGAAAGCUUCGUUUGUAGUUCGGAUCCGAUUCUUUCAUACGUUUUUCCUGCUGAGUUUUCACAGCUCUAAUGUAUCUACGUAAGCCGGGCAGCAUUUUCAAGGCACGUUCAGCUACACUCCGGUUUUCCACCCACCGCACACCGCAGAAUUUUAGGGGUAGGAUGCUUGUCUUUGCUACCGCUGCAAAAUCUGCUCGCCGCAACGGAAUGUCCUUCAGAACACAGUAGAGUGAUAUCAGAAAGCCCUGAAUGUUCCACUUAGUAUCUUUCAUUCCGGCCUUGAACUUCCAAACACAACUUCCGAGAUUCAAAAUUUGCUUAGAAUUUUGCUGCUGAAUAUCAGCUGAAAGAUCAUGGAAUAACUUCCAAUUAACAUGUGGGCCGUCCAUGGACAUUUGGGUUGUUUUCAGCAGUAUGGAUGGCUCAGUUUUGAAACAACUUUUCAGUGCACUGAGGAGAUCCACCGCUCUUGUAGCAGACAAGAAAGCUGAACCAACGUAUCGCGUGUCCACCUGAUUGGAUUCCUUGUUCCAAAACCGAACACAAAUGUCCAUCUGCUGCUUCUGUGAGACUUUAUUCAACGUUUCAUCAAACCCGAGUACUAUUUCUUCGACAUCUAGUAGAGUUUUCAGCAACUUCUUGGUGAAAUAUGGUGCCCUUUUCCGCAAUAGCGCUGUCCGGAAACAUUAAUUUGAAUAGCGCAGCGCAUUCUCCGGCACCGCGUAAUGAAAUGUGCUUGUAAACGCAUGCCAUAGUCCACAGUAUCUCAGCUGACGUUACAUGUUCCGAGACUAAGAAUUUAAACAUAACGGCUUCAGUAGUCCGGGAUGACUGCUCAACAAUCGGAGCCAGCGCGUUGGAGGAAUUGCUAGGCUCAGGAUGAAGUAUGGCACGUCCGUCAUUUUCAAUAGAUUCCUUCCGUUUGUUAUCUAGAAAUAAAUUUCAAUUAAUUAUUAAACAUACAUAUUUAGUGAUUAUACAUUAAUUAUACCUUUUUUGCCGGAAAAAUUAAUAGGCAAAAUAGUUCUGCGAAUCACAAUCUGCUGCUGGUGGGUUUUCGACUUCUCAUGGCUGAGCAAUGCACCACGGCCCAUGGAAUCAAUUUUGAAAGAUUUAUUGCACCAUGUGCAACGAGCACAUUUCGGGUCUUUCGGAUCCGCUGCGGACCACGGAAACUGUUCGUUAUAGCGUGUAGAAAAUUUGGUUGACAUUUUCUCAAAAAUUUCCAAAAAUUAUCUCGAGCAAACUUAACACAACUGAAUCACUGAACGAACCUCUUGAAAUGAAUGGAAAAUCAAAAUGGCCACAAAUCGAUGCUAGUCAAUGCAUCAGUAUAUAACGCCAAUCCAGUAAAUAACUGUGAAACGCACACAGUCAAGAUUUAUUUAUUUAUUUAUUUAUUUAUUUAUUUAUUUAUUUAUUUAUUUAUUUAUUUAUUUAUUUAUUUAUUUAUUUAUUUAUUUAUUUAUUUAUUUAUUUAUUUAUUUGGAGGGAAAAGCCCACACAAGUGGGCGUAAAACCUCAUCUUUUAAGUAUCAAACAGAUUACAUUAAAUCCUACAGAUACAUAUAAAGGGUGUGUCACAUUAAAUUGCAUCACGGAAAAAACGCUGUAGAAAUUUCAUUUUUAGGAAUUGGUUCCCGGAAUAAAUCGCCACAGAAAACGACUGCAACAGAAACCACCGCUUAUAAAAUGUGUAGUAGGCUAUAAAUAUUGUGGCGCGGUAUUGUAUUUCAAAACAAGAAUUAACCGGGCAAACGUAUCGCCCCAGGCAAACGUAACGCCCCGGGCAGACGUAUACCGUCCGACGCUCGCUAGAGCUCGGUCGGACAUUGCUAAAGGAUCGUAUCCUAUGUUUCAAACUAACCGGGCAAUCAGUGGAUCCCAGGUUUGCGUGCGAGACACCGCCGCUUCCGACGGCGGGUCGGCGGUGGACUCGGAUUGCGUCAUCUUGGCGGCAUGGGCCGCCUCGAUUCCUUAUCCUCGCCAAAUGGGGACUUCGUCCCCAUUACAUUGUCCUCAGAAUAAAUUUCGAAAAACGAGAACAAGAGAAUAAAUUUAUAAUAGAAAUGUGAGGCACAUGAUGUUUUUCCCGCGCCAAAUAUUUCUAGCCUACUACACUUUUUCUAAGCGGUUGUUUCUGUUGCAGUUGUUUACUGUGGCGAUUUAUUCCGGUCACCUUAGGAAUUAUAUCUUCAGCUUUCGCUUAUAAUCAGAUAAGAAUGUAUAGAUCCCGUUGGCCAUGCUUCACUGUCAAUUUUUCGUAAAUUUGGAAAAAUGUCGUCGAACGAAAAAGCGCGUCGUGAAUUAAUCCUGUGCACUCAUUUCGAGAAUCCAGAGUUGUCACAUCGGGACAUCGGUAAGAUGCUGGGAAUCGUCCAAUCCACGGUCAGCAGAGUACUAAAACGAUACUUCGAGAACCUAACCAUCGACCGGCAGGUGAAGAACGGCAAAAAUGGAUGCUCCGUCAGUGAAAAAGAUCACAAGCGCGUAGUUAAGCAGUUUAGACGUGAUCCGAGAAGUUCGGUCCGGGAUGUCGCCAAUAAGCUGAAUUUGUCAAGUUCAUUCGUCCAGCGGACCAAGCAGCGGGAGGGCCUGCGUACAUACAAGGUUCAGAAGGCUCCUGACCACGACGAAAGGCAAAACAUGGUGGGGAAGACGCGAGCCCGGAAGCUGUACACCGAAAUGCUGACGAAGCCGCAUUGCCUGGUAAUGGACGACGAAACCUACGUCAAAGCGGACUUUCGUCAGCGGCCGGGCCUGUUGUUCUUCUCCGCAGAGGACAAAUUCAGCGUUCCGGAGGAGAUUCGCAAGCAGAAACUAUCCAAGUUUGCCAAAAAGUACAUGGUGUGGCAAGCGAUCUGCUCUUGCGGAAAGCGGAGCGCCCCCUUCGUGAUGACCGGCACGGUAAACGGGCAGGUUUACCUUAAGGAGUGCCUACAGAAGCGCUUACUACCACUAAUGAAGCAGCACGAGGGCCCGACCAUCUUCUGGCCGGAUCUCGCUUCGUGCCACUAUUCAAAGGACGUGUUGGAGUGGUACGAAGCCAACGGGGUCACCUUCGUGCCAAAGGAAAUGAACCCGCCCAACGCGCCGGAGCUUCGCCCAAUAGAGAAAUAUUGGGCGAUUAUGAAGCAGGCCCUCCGGAAGAACCCAAAAGUUGUCAAAUCGGAGGCGGACUUCAAGAGAAAAUGGAUUUCUGUUCAAAAAAAAAAUUACAACCUGACGUUGUACAGAACCUUAUGGAAGGGGUAAAGAGGAAGGUGCGAGCAUACGGGCUUGGGCUCGAAGUAUGAAUUAAAAGAAAAUGCCAAAAGUUGUUGAAUAGUUUUUAUUUUACUGUCUAAAAUUUUCAAAAGGAUCGGUCUACUGGGCGAAUUUCUACAGCGUUUUUUCCGUGAUGCAAUUUGAUGUGACACACCCUUUAUAUCUAAACUAAUCUAAACUUACACAUGAACAACUUCAAACUUGUUUAGACCAUUACAGAAACAAUCAAGUAACUAGAAGAUUAUCAUAAAACAAAUUCUUAAGUCUAACACGGGACACAUUGAAAUCAAAACAACGAUAACAUCUAUUGAACGUUCUGCACAUGCUAAUUAACGGUUCAUUUGCGCCGUAGUUCGUUCGAGAGGCCGGGACGGUAAAAAAAUAAUGAGAACGUAAGUUCACGCGUCUGAUGUUGAUGUCCAACUGUUGCAACAGUGCACCACAAUCGAUAUCAGAUCGCAACAGAUCAACAAUAAAUAUCGAUUUGGAAACGUCACGGCGAACACUUAAUAAUUGUAGGCUCAUCAAGAUGCAUCUACAUUUAUAUUCUGGCAGAUUGAAACGAUCCCUCCAUGGUAACCAACGAAGAGCAAAGCGUACGAAUCUCCGUUGGAUAGAUUCGAUGCGAUUCACACCGUUGCUGUAGAAAGGUGCCCAUACUACAGAACAGUAUUCUAAAGUUGAUCGAACCAAAGACGAGUAGAGCGCCUUCAAGCAAGAAACAUCUCUGAAUUCUCCGGCGAACCGAAAUAUGAAGCCGAGUUGUUUUGACGCCUUAGCGGAAACGUAAGCAACCUGAUCCUUGAAGGUCAGUUUAGAGUCAAGUAUGACCCCCAAGUAUUUAAUAUUCGACUCGCGGUUUAGGAUAUGAUCCUGCAAGCAGUAUGUAAAACAGAUUGGUGAUUUUUUCCUACAGAACGUGAUAACUGAACAUUUUGAGGCGUUUAGCACCAUUCUAUUUCUAUGACACCAAUCAGCAAAAACGUCCAACUGCUGCUGAAAAAAUAAUGCGUCGCCUUGGUCCUUUAUAACAAAAUAAAGUUUAAAAUCGUCGGCGUAUGAUAGCUUCAUGCACUUAAUAGAAAAAUGAACGUCGUUCAAAUAUAGUAAAAAGAUGAAAGGACCAAGGUGACUUCCUUGAGGUACGCCAGAAGAUACAGAAAACGAUUCAGAAAUAUGAUCACCAAUUUUUACAGCCAUAUAUCGACCGGUAAGGUAUGAGCGUAGCCAAUUGAGGAGAGAACCGUGGAAGCCAAGUAGCUCUAAUUUGGCAAUCGCAAUAUUAUAAUUGAUUUUAUCAAAAGCAGCCGAAAGAUCGGUGUAAAUAGCGUCGACUUGAUGUCCUUUCGCCAUCUCGCGUAUAAUCGAUGAGGUGUAUUGUACGAGAUUUGUAGCAGUAGAUCUUUUCGGCAUACACCCAUGCUGUUCGGAGGCAAUGUAGCUGGAACAAUUGUACUUAAGGUAAUCCAGCACCAACAGUUCAAAUAGUUUGGAAGCUGCACAUAAAGCAGCGAUGCCGCGAUAGUUCGAAACCGACUGUUUAUCGCCCUUCUUGAAGAUUGGAAAAACGAACGAGAACUUCCAGAUCUCGGGAAAAAUUCCAGAAUUCAACGAUAUGUUGAAGAUGGUUGCUAAUGGUGCGAACAGAACAACAAUGCAUUUCUUAAUGACGAGCGAAGGUAUUCCGUCUGGUCCAUCGGAGAUAGAGUUUUUGAGACGUAGGCUUGCUUUUCGUACGUCUUUCGUACCUGAGAUUGACGGAUGCGGUCUUAUGGCACGAUGCACAGGGACCUGACGCGCGGCGGCUGAGAUAUGGUCUCUAGAUAAAAGUUCUUUUACGAAAACACUGCUGAACUGUGACCGGAACAGAUCAGCAAUUUCCAUUGUGUCAGUUGCCUCUCGAUCUGCAUUGAACAUAGUGGAAGGUAAACCUGACUCUUUACGUUCAUCAUUCACAUGGCUCCAGAAACUUUUGGGAUUCGCUUUCAGCUUGUUUUGUAAUUUACGUUGAUGGGCUUGAUAAAGCCGUUUGUUGAGUUGCUUAUACCGUUUGUUGGCGAUGUUAUAUUUUCGUUUCGUCACGAUCGAACGAUGUUUGCAAAAUCUCUUUAAAGCAGUACGUUUGUAAGACUUCAGUCGCAUCAGUCGAUGGUUGGACCAAGGUGGGUUAAUAGGUGGGGACGGAAUUUUCUUCGGAACGAAUUGAUCGAUCGCAUAAACGACAAUAUUGGAAAAAACAGAUGUUGCUGCAUUCGCAUCACAAUCCCGGAGUUCAUCGUCCCAGUUGAUAUGAUCGAAAAAGGUGAUCAUACCAUUGAGGUCAGCUCUACGAUAAUCAUAUGAAACCGUGUCUACAGUACUACGAAACGAACAAGCCUGACGGAGACGUAAUGUUAUGUGCAGCGGUGGAUGAUGUCUGCAUCGUUUGACUAACGGCUCAGGUGCCUCAAAAACCGAACACUUAGAAGCAAGCUCGCGACUGACGAAACAGAGAUCAAGUAACCUGUUGUUGUCAUUGAAGGCCCCAUUCAGUUGCAGAAGAUCAGCGGUGUAGUAGCAGUCCAAAAGAGAUGUUACUAGAGGUGUAGUACACGAGCCAUUGAUGUGAGAGUGUAAGAAUGCUCUAUCGUUUUUGGUCCAGUUGAUUGAAGCCAGGUUAAAAUCACCGACAACAAAUAUAUCGUCGUUAGGAUUCAUCGUCGACAGGACCCAAAAAAUUGAAUCGAUGUGUUGAUUAACCAGCUCAGUAUCCCGAAGUCGAUCCGGAGGAAGAUAUAACACACAGAUAAACUUUUUUUUUGUUAGUAGGGUAACAGCCACCCACAGUUGCUCGAUACCCGUACAAUUGGGAGGGUGGAUUAAACGAGAGGUAAAUGUCGAACGAACUGCUAGCAAAACUCCACCUCCAGUAAUUUUAGUACUGGUAGACCGAGAACGAUCAGUUCGAUAAAUCGUGUAAUCCGUACCGAAGAUUUGCUUAGAAAGCGUAUUGUCGUUGAGCCAGGUUUCAGUGAAGGCGUAUAUAUCGUAGCAGGCACAGAGCACGCUAGUUUGUACCGAGCUACAGUUGUGUUCAUGCCUCCGACGUUUUGGUAGUAGAGCAAUACUUCCUCCUCCUGGAUCAAAGAUGCGAUGCAAGUGUUUCCGUCGUGGAGAGAAGCGGCUGGAAAGGUGGGAGAACUUUGUACGACGGUGUAGUGAUCAUUUCCUGCUUCGGCAGGACAUAUACUAUUCCAGCAAUUACCUGAGAAAACAAGCUCAGUAACAUGAGCAAUGCGAUCGAGUUCAUCUUGAUGAGUAGCUAUGUUGAAGUUAGGUGAGUUGUCACCGGCCCUUUUUUUUUAUUUGUCUCGUACAUGCGAACGGUGAUCCCAUCAGGCCAAUACCAUGCAUCGCCGACUACUUUGGAUACGGAUUUGGAUACGGUAACUUUGAAGAAGACGAAAGAGAGAUCUUCCAGCCUCUUCCCACGUGGUACUAAUUUGGUUAUUUUCAGUAGAGAUGAAUCAAUAUUAACGAUGUCAUGAACGUGUCGCUUCAAAUCGUUUUCGUUUUGUUCCGGGGCGUCACGUAGAAGGACACCAUGUCGUUGUCAGUCAGAACCUUUCUGGCAACCUUCAGAGAAGCUAUGUUCGGCCUUGUGCUGUAACCAGCUUGAACACGAGUAUUAUCAACGAGAGGCUCGAUGCGGGGCCGAUUCGCUUCAUCAUGAGAGGCAAUAUUAUCAACGGUCCGAUUCAAGCGAUGAGUUGAUUACAUCAAAUGCCAACCUUGUGAAGUGAGUUGGUAUGAAUGUUUUGACGUUAGAUUGGCGCUCACAAUGAAUCAGCUGCGUAGCACGAUGCGAAUGAAUCAAAAUGAGAGAAAAACAAAAAUUCCAUUCAUUUCAAUGAGUUGACACCAUUAUCUGCUCCGUCGCUUCAAGUAUUUGUGAGUUGAGAGAAAGCGUAUAACGCCUUGAACUAAUACAACUGAUUCCAUGUACAGAGCAAACGAAAAACACAGUACAAUACUGAUUUUAAAUAUAGACGCGAGUGUUUGAUUCCAACAUUAUAAAAUUCCCGGUUUGCUUAUGAAAUUCCCGGUUUUUUGCCGGUUUUCCCGGGUCAUUUUCAAAUUCCCGGUUUUCCCGGUUCGCUGGCCACCCUGCAUUUACAUUAAUUGACCACUGGUGUACUCAACCUUACAGAUAUAUAGUAUGAUGAUUUCUGUUUACAUAAAACAUAAUUCUCAUGUUGAAAUAUCUUUUUGCACCUCAUUUUUAGUCCUUUAUUGCAUUAUACGCGAUUUUUGUUAUCCGCGUUGACCUUGCCAGAGAAUUCCGUAGAUAAUCGGGGUUCUACUGUAUUACGAUCAUCUAGCGUACUCUUUACCAAAUUCCAAUCGCCGAUAAGAGAUAUAUUUUGGGAACCUGAGAAGGUAACCGAGAGAACUCCCAGCAAACAUUGAAUCGUAUAACUUGGCACAAUCGUAUAUAAUGUCGAUCAAAGUAUAUAUCAUGUGUAUUACAAUCGCAUAAAAUGUGGAAGAUACGAUUUUCUUAUAAUAUAAUAUAUUAAUUUAUUUGGUAUAACAAACAUCGAUUUUCUGACACACACUAUCGUAAAAUAACAUCAUAUAUGUAUAUCAUGCAGAUGCAGUUCGUGAACCGCAAAAACAUAUAUUUCAAUCAAUGUAGUACUACGAAAAAUCGUGGUUCAUGCUGAGGAAAAUCAUUUAACAGUAAAUCAUAUUAGAUCGUGAUGGAGGAUGUGCGCUUCUUGCUUUCAAUUAAAAUCCCCCAGUGUUGUUACACGUCUUACCUGAACGAAGGUCCAAAGAGAAAAGAGGCCAACUCAUGAUGUUCCAUAACUUUCAAAGCAUGGCCAGCUAUGAUCGUAAUAGGGUAUGUGUGUCGACUUCAGUACAGUCGACAUUCUUACUACACCAAUAAUACAGAGUGACUACGUACCACACAGAGGACAUAUUACAGCAUAUAAUGAAUUUGACACAUCAUUCUUCCUCUUCUUCUUUAAUGACUCUGACAUUUCUAGAGGAACUUCGCCAUUUGAACGUUUUAGAAAUUUCUGUGCCAAAUAACACGCCUUGAGUAUAUUCCGAGUGAGAAGCUCUAGAAUACGCGUGAUUACAAUGCAAGUCGGAAGAAUCUUCUUUGACGGAAGACCAGAAUGGGAAAUGGAUCUGAACUUCUGGCAUGAUAUGUGAGAUGCUAACCCCUCAGCCCCAGGAGCACACACAUAUCGAGAUUGUUGAUGUUUAUUUGGCUUCACAGGUCUGUCAAGUUGGCUUACAAAUAAUAUCAAAUUGUGUUAAACUACAUUCAGAAUUACUUGAGAGAACAAAUUGUCAGAUAUUACAAUUGAGGGCCCUAGAAUGCAAGGGGUGUAAGUUUUUCUUUAGUUAAUAACUCAACUGCAAAAAAGUUCCAAUUUAAGUUCGCUAUAGAAUCCGAUAGAUGAGAUUCUGACCUAUCUUCCACAAUGUCAGAGAGAGUCGGUGUAGAGAAAUCGAUCAAAUCACUUACACACCUUUCAUUCUAAGCCCCUCAAUUGAGAUCGUUCCUAUGAAUUUGUUGUUAUUUCCAAUGAACGAAACUAGGGGUUUUGUUAGGUUAGCUUGAUUGGUAAGACAUCCUUCGGAACAUUUUUUACCAAAUACCACCAUUCAUUUCAAACACUCGUAUCCCACUCCCAUUGAAAACCAAUUGAAUAAAUUCUAUUUCUACAAACAUGAACAUUCUCUGAUUUGGCACCCUUAAUGAAAGACGUAGUUCUACGUCAAAAACGCCACGAAAGAACUACAAAACGGUAACGGUAUUGAAUUAAGGUGAAGGUGGAAGCUAGCCAUUGUAGUAGUAUAGGUAAACCCUCGUGUAAAAAUGGGGUAAUAGUGUUUGUGAGAGAAGAGCAAAGCACACGUAAAUAGAUCAAUUCACUUAUCAGACUGUGUGGCGCUUCAUUGACACGAGUCUUUGAAUACAUUUGAAAAAAAACAAAUAACAAUUCAAUACUAAAGUAAAAUGUAUGAACGAUAUGUUCCGAUGAACAAUUGCAAAUAUAAAUAUAUAUAUAGAAGGUGCAUUUGCAUAUGAUUCUGAUUAUACGCGAGCGUAACAUGAGCAAAUUUAUAACACAUGCGAAUUGGGGCACUUUUGGUAUCAACAAGUUCUUCCGCAUAGUAACUCGAUGUUGAUAAUUCCUUAAUAUUUUCCUUCGUUGAUCGUAUUGUUUUCACAUAUUCACGUUGGAAAGCCUUAACCCAUCUCUUCGUUGGCCGAGGCAUUUAGAUUGAAUUUAAUACUUUUCCGUUUACUGUUUUUGAAAGCAUAGGCAGCCGUGGCAGUGUUCCGAGCUCUGCAAUACAAUUUUCUUACCCAAUGUUAAAGUUGCUAAAACUUACAUUAUAGACCCAUUAAACGUAAAAAUAAUAAUUGUAUUGAUAUCAACACAAUUUUAUUCUAUUGAUUUUCAUGACAUGGGACGCUAUGACUCCGGAAUAACAUUUUAUUGAGUGGUUUUUAUAGCUGUUUCGAUGAUGUUGUUUGGCAUCAGUGUCGAAAAAAUAACGAUGCUUCCACCAAUACAAACAAAACCAUUGCAGAAGAUUGAAAAACGAAAAUUUAACUUUCAGAGCACUUGCUCGAGUUUUCCGACGUUCUUCACUAUACGGUGCGAAAGCAGAUGAAAAUUUAAUAUCUUGUGAGUAAUCGAUUAGAGUUUGGUUGAUAUUACUUGAUGGGAAGUGUGCGAAAACGAUCAUUUUCUUCACACUGUUUCGCAAAAUUAUUGAUUUUCGGGCGAGGGGAGAGGGAGGGAGAUGAAAGAAAAGAGCGCCAUUGUGGCAGCCAUUUGUGGCUAGCUUCUACCUUCACCUUAAAGAGACUUUAAACUCUGAGAGUUCAUUCGUCUCUUGCCCUUGAGGGCGGGAAAUUUAACUGGAAAGAAAACUAAGAAAACUACUGCAAAAUUCGUUAUUCUCGCUCGACCCAGUCCUAGUAACCGCUAUGGAUGUAUGUCGUAUAGCCGCACCCUACACGGCCCCGGGGUCAAAAACACAACCAAACAAUUGGAGCAGGGAAAAAGCCCCUUUUAGUGUGCUUGAGGAGCUCGCUUCUAAAGGGGGCGUAAAAAACCUGCUCAUCUUUUGCUGAAAGUAGAAGAGAAGACAAACGAAAUUUUAUCAGUAUAGGUAAAUGUAGUAAUUAGACAUUAGAUCUGAUCGAAUAAACCUGUAUCCUUUAGGAAAUCGAUGGUCCUUUUUUCCUCGACGGCGUCUUCCGAUAGUGCUGUCCUUAUGGUGUCUGCAACCUGAAACUUUAUUCUAGAAGCAUUAAAUCUAGAGCAUGUGAUUAAUAUGUGUUCCACCGUGAGUCUUACAUUGCACGACUCACAUAGUGUUGGUUCCGAUCCACACAUGAUGAAUUUGUGUGUUAAAUAUGUAUGCCCGAUACGUAAACGAGUCAGACAUACUUGAUUAGAUCGGAGAAUACUAUCCUUCCAGGGAAGGGUAGUAUUCUUGAUCCUUCUUAAGAAGAGGUCGCGGGAAAAAUACCAACUGUUCUCCCAGCUCAAUCUGAGGGAUUGACUGACCCAUCUGAUGGUGUCUUUUGCUGGGUGGGAGGUGGUCCAUAGUUCGGAGAGCCUACCCUCCUUGGCGAGACGAUCAGCCUGUUCAUUACCCUGGAUUCCGCAGUGCCCUGGGACCCAGCAGAAAGUGAUGUCCUUCCCUGUAAUUUUUUCCUCAAUGCUUUGUAUCCAAGGGUGUUUACUAUCGCCACUUUGUAGCGCCCGUAAUGCACUAUAGGAAUCUGAGAAGAUCACCACUUUACUGUCGUUAUCACAGAGUGAUGUCGCGACAAGGAGAGCGGCAAUUUCGGCGGAGUAUACCGAACAUAUGGAUGGCAGUUGGAAUUUUAGCUCCGUGUUAUUGGAAAAAACUCCAAACCCUGUUAGGUUUCCAUCAAAAGACCCAUCUGUGAAGAUUUUGUGGUGGGUGUGAUACUUGUUAUGAAGGUGGUUAUUAAAGCAGGCCGUAACAAUGCUGCUGGCUUCCCCAGCCCUGACAGCAUUUUUGAUUGACCAGUCUAUCUUUGGCGGAUGUGCCAUGGGCGUUGACCGACUCUGCUUAAUGGGGCAAUAGUCGGGAGGGUGACUUGGCUAAUAUUUUGCAGCCAAAUGUUGGCUCUGGAGUAAAUGGAUAGAAGAUCCGGGCAUUUCUCGGACGUCCGGAUGGCUUUAGUGGCUAGCAUAUUAGUGAGGAAGUGUUCGAAAGGAACUACGCCAGCCUCCACAAGCAGAGCGUUUAUUGGGCUGGUCUGAAAGGCUCCUGAUGCAUGUCUAAUCACACUAUGGUAGAUAGGCUUUAGGUGAUUCAAGUGAGCCCAAGAGGCACGGCUGAAAAGUUCGAUACCGUAACGAAUUCUAGAGAAGAUAAUGCUUUUGCCUAUGUUGCAGAUGGUUUUACGAGAAUUCAAGCGGCAUCUGCCACCUAAAGCUUUCAUCAGCCGCAGGCGGCACUUCAUACUAGCUUUAGCAUUUCUGAGGUGUUGUCCGAAAGAUAGUUUACUGUCAACUAGCACUCCGAGAAUUCGGACAGAGCUGACUCUCUUAAUAGGCCUGCCAUUGAUUAGACAUGUUCUAAACCUUUUCCUAUGACCUUUACAUUUGCAGCAGUGCAUUAUAUUAGACUUCUCUGCCGAAAACUUAAACCCGAUGGAAUUUGCCCAGUUACUAACAGCCGAGAUUCCUUCCUGCAGUUUUCUGCGGGCCAUUUCUGGGAAAGGAUUUCUUGCCAUCAGCAGUAGAUCGUCUGCAUAGGCCAGUACCUCGGUGUUUUUAGGGAUAACCUCUAGAACCGACUGCAUAGCAACGAGGAAGAGGGAAACUGAUAGAAACGAACCUUGUGGUACUCCGUUUUCUAGGCAACGGUGAUCCGAAAGUACUCCUCCGAAGUAAACUUGAAAGCCUCGAUUGGUGAGGAAACAGCGAAGAAUGUUGAAGAGGGAGCCUUCAAAACCCCAUCGGUGCAGUUGAUCGAUAAUGUUAUGGCGCCAUGUGGUAUCGUAGGCUUUGGCUAGAUCGAGUGAAGCGAUUUCGCUGUGGUGGCCCUUUUCGAUAGUUUCUUGAAGGAAAUGAUCGAGUUGACUGAAGUAGGUGCCCGUACCUUUACCUCGGCGGAAGCCAUGCUGUCCGGGGUCUAAUAGUUGGCAUUCUUCAAGGGCCGUCCUAAGUCUUCGAUUGAUCAUUCUUUCGAAGACUUUCCCUAAGCAGUUGAGGAGGGUUAUGGGACGGAGGUUAUUCGCGGCCCGUUUACUCUCCUUCACUUUUGGGAUAGGUAUUACCAAGCCCGUUUCCAUGCGUCAGGGAAAUAGCUGUUAACCCAACAUUCGUUGUAUAUCUGAAGGAGUAGAAUUUUUUCAUGAAGAGGUAGAUGCUUGAUCAUCGGAUAUUCGAUUCCGUCUGGGCCAGCUGAUUUGCUUUUUGAUAUUUUUAUUGCCCAUAACAACUCGUCCAAAGAGAACUUAUCGUUGUAUUUGUGGACCUGUUCCGAAGCAGGAGGAAAAACUUUAAGUUCCGCCUCCGCCUUAAUAGCCUUGAAUUCGUUAGUGUAGUUGGAGGUGGCUGAUAUAGUGGCAAAGUGGUCGGCUAGAUGGUCGGCUAUGAUGCCUGGAUCUUCGGUGAAGGUGCCAUUAAUCUCGAGGGAAUAGCAGUUUGAAGCUUUCUUGCCACUAAGUAAGUUGACCUUGUUCCAAAGUUCAGAUGUCGAAGUAUUAGGGUUGAUGCAAUCAAGAAAUUCCAUCCAACUGUUUUGCUUGGCUUCGGUUUUUACCUUCCUAGCUAGAGCUCUAGCCGUUUGGAAGUUUGUUAGGGCAAUCAUUUUGCAAGCGCUUCCAUCAGGAAGGCGUCGUAGGAUACGGAGGAAUUUUCUUCUCCUUUUGAUGGCCUGUGCAACUGCAUCGUUCCACCAUGGGACAGCCUUUCGGCCGGGUUUCCCACUUCCCACGGUGGAUAUUUUGUUCAGUCGCUAAAAUAAUGACGUGGGUAAAUUCUUCCACAGAGCAGCUUUCAUGUUCAGAAAGUAAGCUGUUGAUUGUGGAUUCGAAGCCUUCCCAGUCAGCCGACUGGUAUAUCCAUUUCCUGCGCAAACGAAUGUUUGGGUUUCUUGACAGGGUUCGGAUGUGGAUGGGGAAAUGAUCACUACCUCUGAGGUCACUAUCAACGGUCCAGCUCAACCUGGGGGCGAGGUCCCAGGAAGCAAUCGUGAUGUCAAUGGCCGAUGAUGAUCCGUGAUGGAUAUCUAUCCUGGUAUGACGGUGAUCGUUAAGUAUGGUGAGGUUUAGCUUUUGGACGAUUCCCAAAAUUGUUUUACCUCUUUUGUCACAUUUGUUUCCUCCCCAUGAAGAGUGGGAGGCGUUUAAGUCACCCAUCAGGACGAAUGGGUGCGGUAACUGUUUGAUGGCAUCCGUAAGUUGCGUUUCAAUGUCAUUACUGUGCAAUGGGGGAAUAUAAAUGGAAGCAAGGGUUACCUGUAGAGGUCCCUUUAGUUGUAUCGCACAUAUUUGUAAUGAUGAUGCUAUGGGGAUGACGGUAUGAGGAAGGUCACUCAGGACAGCGAGGCAGGCUCCAAAAAGCCCCGAGGAUGGCCCUUCCUUAAAAUACCAUGAAAAUUUGCCGCUAAACGCCCGCUCUAAGAGCGAUACAUUGAUUUUUUUAGCUUCUUGAAAAGCCAGUGCUAGUGGGAGAUGUUGUUCCUCAGCUAACAUUAGCUUAAUUUCGUUCAUGGAAGUGGAUAGCCCACGCAAGUUCCAUUGAAUAGCAAGUUUUCGGUUGGGUGUUUGGUUACAGGACGAAGAGUUGCUGUUACUAGCUAGAGGAGUGAAUUUUAAAAAUGAGAAGAAGGUAAGUGGGCUGAGGUAAGUAAAUAAGGGUUCGAAGAUGAGAGAAGGGUAUGAGAUUAAGAAUGGGUAGAUUUGCCGGAUUUGUUCUUUAGUCUAGGGUCAUUUGGCAAAUGGAAACGUUGGCAAGUGGGGUGGGUUUGUUUGAAUGGUUUGAUUGGUUGGAGGUUUUAGUUUGGGAUGCGGUGGUUGGUUGAAAUCAAGUGGAUGGUUGGAGGGAAGUGGAUGGUUUGGAUUGGUUGGAUGGUUGGGUUGAGUUGGAUUUUUGGUUCUUGGAUUUCUUCCUAUUGGAUUCUUUUCCUCGAAAAAUUUCCUCUUCUGAUGAUUUGAAUUCAUCUGAGGUUGACCUUUUGUUGAUAUUUUUUCUCUUGUUAGAGGGGAUUGUUUCGAUUUCCAUUGAAAUGUCUGGGUCGGAGUCUGAAUCUGACGAGGAGGUGCUGAGUUCCGAUUCCUGUGGAUUACUGGACGGAGUUGGAACUGCUUUUACGGAAGAAAUUGGCUUAGCCUGAGUGCAGUUGCAUUUGCAUUGAGAACAACCAGUAUUCUGAAUUUUCUCUAGUCUUUCUUGUAGCUUACUAGCAAAGGAAGGACCAUUUUUGUUCUCAAAAAUGGAUUUAGCUUCCUUAUAUGACACACCUUGGUCAAUUCGGACUCUGGUAAUGUUAUCCUCUGCGAUCCACGCUGGGCACUUCCUACUGGUUGAGGCGUGAUUUCCCUUGCAGUUCACACAAGAGGCAGGUGCAUUGCAAAUAAAAUUUUUAAUUUUGUCUUUAUCAUUAGUAUUUGUGUUAAGUUCAGGGUGGGCUACACCGCAGUUACGACAAAGUUGGAUUUUUUAGCGCACUUCAAAAGAAGAAUUCCGAUGUAAAAAAUACCGUCUUGACUCAAAUUUCAAACAUUUAAUUCUUUUUAAAUUCUGAACACACGAACAUAAAAUGGUGGUGUCCAAGACACGACCGCAAUGGGAAUAUUUCGAGCUUCCUUUUGCAAACGGAUCAAACUAUGCUAUAGGAUUAGCGGAUGAAAUUGCCAACAUCCAGCUUUGGCUGACACAGUUUGCAUUCGCUGCUUGGAUCGAUUCUGCAGAAUGCCCCCUCGCCGUCCAAGCCUAAGCAAUCCUUAGCUGUGAGUGUGCAUUCAGAUCUUGCUCUUUUGUUGGCAUUGCCGCUUGCGCCACCGAUUUGCGUUGCCCUUUCGGAGUAACUUCAAAAACAACUGAAUAAGCAAGGCACUGACUCAAUGAGAAAAUCACACACAUAUCGGGAUACUGAAAAUGAACAGUCACAACAUUCCUGACAAUUCAAUGGCAAUGGAUAAAUGUGAAUGAAUUCUCAUGACUCGAGCUUUGAGGAAAGCUCAGAGAGCACAGAAUGAAUAUGAAUGAACACAGUUGUAAAUUUGUUUGCCGUCGAAUGAAUGACAGUAGCAUCGACAAGCAAAAUAAACGCGUUACACUGAUAAAAAUAUAUUUUCAAUUUUGCCUAACAAGCUCAAUAUUUCCAAGCUCUGCUCCUGAUAAUGAAAAGUUUUUUAUCACUCACCGAUCGUACCGAAGAACCACUCCGAAUUCACCACCUAAUGGUAGUGGGGUAGCAGGGAAGGGACCGGAUACCGCCGACGGCAGGGCAAUCGCCGCAGCGGUUCGAAGCGACGAAGCGAAGAAGACCUCCUUUCACACCUCCUGAGUUGCUGAUGGUUGAAGAGCAGAAAUUGCGCCAAAAUCGCGCGUCACUGGCAGGAAAACGAUGUAGAUGAGACGGGUGCAAACAGCGGGACACGCAAGGGGCAGUGAAAACUGCCGGUCAAAGUGGCCAAUCCGACCGAACCAACUUCCUGAAUGGCCGUUGGGGCCUUCUCGGCUGCUUCCUCCUUUCCUGGUAUCCGGACAACUGUUGCUGUAAGAAACGCUUUAUUUAGGACCGAAAUUAGCUUUGAAAAAAGCUUUGCAUUCGGUAGCAGGAGAAAACUUCUAUUCCUAUAGUUCUCUUUUAGGAUGGCGCUAAAAACAUAACCGUUGCGGUCGAGUGUCAGUAGCACCUUGAACUAAAAAAAUUCAACUAGGAUAUAUUUAUACACUCAUGGAGGUUUAGUACAACGCACUCCUCCGGUAGCUGUUCUGUUUCCCAAAUUCUGAUGAUGAUGUAGUCGAUGUAGACAAUAAACUAAUUUUCCCGGGUCUAUCUUGAUAAUUUCCGCUCCGACCCCAUAUUUCCCAACAAAUUUAUUGUUCUCAAUCUGUUUGGUAGUAUUCCUAAAUUGGGGGUGGUCCAUAUCCAUUAUUUACUGCACCAAUGUAGUCGCUUCCAUCGUUAUCUUGGUCCUCUGUCUGGACGCUAUUCAGUUUAUUGAAGUGCUGCCUGCAUCCUUUGGUCACUUCACAUUCGUUCGUAAGAAUGAUCCCAUUCUUAUUCCGAUACAUUUCUGCUGGUGGCACGAAGCUUUUUCGAGAUGUAUUGUGUUUCCAGCAGGACUUUCACGUCUCAUGAGAGCGGUGCAGCUGUUCGAGUUCUUCACUCUUCCUGGCGGCACUACUUUCCUUCUAUCUAUAUCGUUCCACGUUCUGACGGGAAGCUUGCAGCAGUAUUAGCUCCCGCGCAGCAUUCUUCGCGUGUAGCAUUUGCUGACACUCAUCAUCGGACCAUUCGUACCGUCGUCUUCGUACCACGUGCCCUUGGAUGUUCCCCACUACGCUGUUUGUGGCUGUUUUAAUCAUGCUCCACCAGCCCCUCAAGAGGUAAUUCGUUAGUUUCAUCCUAUUCUGACAGCGCAGCUUCGAGCGAAUGCGCGUAGUUUUCGGCGACAUCUUCUUGCUUCAGUCGCAUAUCAUUGUACCGUCGCGGGCCCUACCGAAUGUUGUUCACAACGGCGAGUUUUGGGAGCAUCUAAACCAUCACUAGAUAGUGGUCCGAGUCGAUGUUAGCCCCUCGAUAGGUUCUGACGCCAAUUAUGUCCGAGGAAUGCCGACCGUCUAUCAGAACAUGAUCGAUCUGAGAUUCGGUUUAAUUUGGUGACCUCCAGGUGUAUUGGUAGAUGAUUACAGGUUUGAAAUUUACUUUUUACUGAUCUGAGCGUUGAAAUCUCCGAUGAUGAUCUUGAUAUCAUGUUUUGGGCAGCAUUCGUAUCCGCGUUCCAGCUGUGCGUAGAUUUCGUCUUUGUUAUCAUUGGGACUUGCAAAGUAAUGUCUGUGCACGUUACUGAUACUGAUGUUGAAGAAUCGGCUCCUAUUCUUCAAUCUGCACAUUCUUAGGCUGAUUGGUCACCAUCCAAUUACGCUUCUGCAUAUUGCCCAUCACAAUGAAAGCCCGUUUGUGUUGCCGCAGCUCUGGUAAAUGGUAUGACCAUCGCCAAACGUACUUACGGUACAUCCUCUCCAACACACUCCCUGCAACACUACGAAUGCUAAACUUCUUCUUCUUCUUAUAUGGCACUAACGUUCCUAGAGGAACUCCGCCGUCUCAACGUAGUAUUACUUGCGUCAUUUUCAUUAGUACUUAGUUGAGAUUUCUAUGCCAAAUAACACGCCUUGAAUGCAUUCUGAGUGGCAAGCUCUAGAAUACGCGUGACCACAGUGCAAGUCAGAGGAAAUUUCUUUGAAGAAAAAUUUCCCCGACCAGAACGGGAAUCGAACCCGAACCCCCGGCGUGUUAGGUUUGACGCCAACCACUCGGCCACGGGAGCAAUGCUAAACUUGCGGUUCUCCAAUAGUGCGGAAAGCACGCGAGUACUUCCAAUAAUAUUGAGAGACCGACAGUUCCACGUCCCGAGUUCCCAAUCGUUAGUCCGUUUCCGUCGCCUGGGUCUAUGUCGAUUAGUCCGGAUCAAAUCUUCUUCUGUGUCGUCUGGUGCUUGGCGUUUGUUAUGUGCGGCUUGCAAGGCCUGCGACCAACCCCCCUAUCUCGCAAGAGGACCAUCAUGAUACUGCUGUUGUACGUCCUGAGUACCAGCAGGACUGGGAAAAGGACGCUUAUCAGCGACAUCACUUAUAGGAGCUGUUUUCGGAUUUUUGUGGCUUUUAUUGGAGACUGGCAAUGUCCAUUGCUCAUCCCACCACACCCUAGACAGUUCCCCUGAACCAGUGCUUUGACGAUAGUAUUUCUGACCCGAACGGGAAUCCAAUCUCGUAGCCCCCAUCUUGACAAGCCCCGUCUUGGGGACCACCAGUCCCUAGUGAGCCAAUAUACAACAGUGUUUUUGAAUUAGCGUGCAUUGAUUAAUUUGUUUGUUCGUA